AUGCACAAGCAGUGGAACAUCACCGUGAUGCUACAGACAGCAGGAGUGAUCUGGCUGCAGACACAGAGCACCCUAGGGACCCCACAGACAUCGCCAGCGACCUCGGGCACCCCAGACCCGGACCAGGACCCGGACCCAUUCCUUGCGGAGCCACCGCAGCGCUGGGACCCCACGGACGCUCCCUGUGCCUCAGAAGCCGCCAGUGCCCCACAGCGGACACCCCCCCGUGCACCCCACAGCUCCCUGAGCCCGCCGGAGCAGCAGCCGGAGCCGCCCCGCUCCUCGCCGCGCUCCCCUCCAUGCCCGGCCCGGCUCCUCCCGCCGCCCCCCGGGCCCCGCUCCUGCCCGGUCCCCCUCAGGUACCCCCCAACGCACCGAGCCGCGCGCCGCCUCACGGCCCCUUUAAGGCUCCGGGUCCCGCCUCCUGCGCAGGUGCCGCAGCGAGCUCCGAUUGGCCCAGCCCGGAGAAGCCCCGCCCCCAAACGCCCCGGAUGUCAGGCGGGGCUGCGAUGCGGGUUCUGGACCCUUCCGCAGCACGAGCCUCGCCCUCUCAACUGCGUCACACCAAUCAGCGCUCAGGGCGCGGCAGACGUAAUAGACCCUUUCACCCAAUCAGCUGCAAGCUUUCGCUGUUCCCCGAGGGAUGAGGAGGGGGAGCAGUCUCGCUCCUAA